AUGGUUCUGAAAACGACGCGGAAGAGUUAUCCGGUGGCAGCAGUUGCCUUGGCCGUCGUUCUGGUCAUGUAUCUUGCUCUCUUCUCCUCCUUGUCCGACGACUCCGGUCUUCAGUUGAUUCCUUCGCUAAGUUUCACUCAAGGCACGUUACAACAAACAUCGGUAUCCAGAAGAAUUGAGCAGGCCCCACAAGAGAUGACUUCAGCAUCAAUCACAUGUGACCGAUCCCACACCAUCUACGAUGUCUGCUCAAUCAACGGCUCCUGUAAUCUCAACCCAAAAACAGGAACUUUCACUCUGAUAGACCCCACAUCAGCACCAUCUGUCGAGAAAAUCAAGCCAUACCCAAGAAAAACAGAUAAGUGGGUCAUGCCUGAAAUCAAAGAGCUAACACUAACCUCAGGCCCAUUGAGUCUUUCACGAUCAUGUGACGUAACACAUGAUUCACCGGCGAUUGUGUUCAGUGCCGGAGGUUACACCGGAAGCAUAUAUCACGAUUUCAUCGACGGUUUCAUUCCGCUUUUCAUUACCGUCAACACGAUCUUCCCCAACCGUGAUUUCAUCCUUGCGGUAGUUGACUCGAAAGAGUGGUGGAUGUCAAAAUACAUCGAUCUUCUGGGUGCGUUUAGCAAACACAAAACCAUACUAUUACUAGACAAAGAAAAUGCUUCUUCUCUUACACAUUGUUUCCCUUCAGCUACUGUGGGCCUAAUUUCACAUGGGCCCAUGACAGUAGACCCAACCCAAAUAUCCAACUCCAAAUCAUUAGUAGAUUUCCACAAUCUCUUAGACAAAGCCUUCAACACAAACAUAUCUACUCUCAAAACCAACAAGCCUCGUCUUAUAUUUGUCAGUCGAUAUGGUACCGUUGGUCGUGUGAUAUUAAACGAGAAGGAGAUCAAAGAGAUGCUUGAAGAUGUUGGAUUCGAGGUAAUCACAUUUAGACCAUCGAAAAAGACGAGUUUGAGAAAAGCGUAUAAACUUAUAAAGUCGAGCCACGUAAUGGUCGGCGUUCAUGGUGCAGCACUAACUCAUUUCUUGUUUCUUAGACCCGGUUCAGUGUUGGUUCAGAUUGUUCCGGUUGGACUAGGUUGGGUGGCUAAAACUUGUUUCGAAAAACCGGCUAAGGCAAUGAAGUUGGAAUAUAUUGAGUACUCGGUGAACGUGGGAGAAAGUAGUUUGGUGGAGAAAUAUAGUAGAGAUGAUUUAGUUUUAAAAGAUCCUAUAGCUUUUAGAGGUUUGGGUUGGAAUGUCACUAGAAUGAAUGUAUAUUUGAAAGAACAAGAUGUUAGACUUGAUGUGAAUCUGUUCAGGAAACGUAUGAACAAAGCAUACGAGAAAGCUAAAUCUUUUAUGGACAUAAACCACUGA